AUGUCGCCAGGCUAUGACAAACCCACAACGAGCUCCACAUCUCGCGUGAUUAACACAGGAUCUCGCGAGCAGACCUAUCCUCCGACUGUACAAAAAAGACGGAACCGAUUCGAAUCCCCUACUCAAGUGACGUCUCCAGAGGAAACGAAGCAUGCACAGCCAAUAUCUUCCGCAGCUGACCAUUCUGGCUCACCAGCAUUGAUCAACCAGGAACAGCCAAUCGAGCAUCACAAGCCGCCUCAUACAGACCGCAAGCAUCCUGGUUAUCUGCAGGGCAAAAACCCGUAUGGCCAAGUCCUGGACCGAAUCGAACACCCUUAUCGUGAGCCUAGAACAACUGUGACCGAGGACAAAAAAAUUACUCCGACUAUCUCGGAACUUGGCAGUCUUCCAGACACACACAGUGUAUCUGAGCCCAGACCGCAAGCAUCACUGCCAGCGCAUAAGCCGAUAGAUGAGCAACCGCAUCAACAGUCUCGACAGGUACCUUUCAAUACGAAAGGGCCAGUUUCAGUGCGAUCAGCCAAAGACUUCUUCGAAACGAGAUCCUCGCAACACUCACAAUGCCCUCCUUUCCCGCCUUCGGUGCCUGCUCCUAGCGCCAAACCUUCCACACGCAUACAAGAGUCGGUUCAACCCUCCAAUGAAGGAGACAUUCAUGUUCCUAGUGCAGAAGUUAUACAUGACGCAGCAAAAGAAGCCCCUGAUAAAGAGCCACCGCCGCCCCGCCCGACAGAGUCCUCUGACAUCGUCGAGUUAGUAGAGCCCACGUCCUCUAGCUUAGGAGACGAGACGCACGGGUCUGCCACCGACGUUCCAGCAAGGAACACCCCGUCUCCACCCCAAGUGUUGGUAUCCGACUAUGGGCACAGCGAGUCAGGAAUACAAAAAGAUAGUAUAGGCCGCAGAAAGUCGACAAAUGUUUUUGUAGACCCACCACGUGGCGCUCAAUUUCUCGGUUCUGAACGAGUUGCAAAGAAGGGUUCUGAGCAAGUCGCAGCCUCGCCUGCGCCGCCUAGUUCUGAGAAAACAACAAAGUCAACCGCUCAAUCACGGACAUCUGACAAAAUUGUGAGGCGUCCAACUGCAUGUAAAUCGAUAGCAGCUGCUGAGACUAGUGAAGGCGGAAUCUCGAGGUCCUCUCCGCCCCAGACAGAAGGCCGACGUGCGAAGUCUUGUCGCGAUGUUCGAAAAGCUUUCGAAGAACACAGAUACACCGACCAAACACCGCGCAAAUAUUGCAGAUUAUGCGGCGCUGCUCUGACUAGAAACAAGUCUAACAAACCAACCGAUCAUCGUAGAAGGGCUGAGGAUGUUGUGUCACCAGGUCUUAGCCACGACGGAGCCAGUUCUCCUACUCGUCGAUCUAACCCCGCGUCCUACCCAGUCACUACUGCCAACAUUGGCAUCGAAGCACAAUAUGAGGAUAUCGAGGUUCCCGAGCACGUGGACAAUCGCCAAGGAUAUGGACGGCGUGUCACACAAGACUUUGGCUUCCCAGGUGCACGUAUCCGGCGCCAUGAUUCAACAAAAAAGAGACCGCUUCAAGAUCCUGGCAAAUGGGUUAAGCGAAUGUGUGGCCAUUUCUCUUACAUGGGCCGUGAUGAGCUUCGCGAGCAAGCUCAGGCGAGGAACUGUCAACAGUGCUUGGCUCGACCAUCUUCUCAUCAAUCACAGUCCGGUUGUCUAAGACAUGCACGAGAACAAGGGACAUCCAGGUCUUCCACCUAUCAUUCCCCAGAGAAAAAGUCAUUAAAUAUUGAUAGCCGCAACCCAAGUUUUCAUCAGCGUGGAAAGCAAGGUCUACCAACAGACCACUGUGGAGACAUGUUUGCAAAAGACCUGGGUAAGAUUAUUGACCGUAUUCUCGAAGAGCAUGCAAGUACACUACAGGAUGUCAUCAACAAAAUCAAGCUCAGCCAACCCUGUUUCGGAAGUGGUAAAAGAAUGUCGGAUGAUCUCGAUGAGCAAUGCCAAACCAACAAUGUCGGCCUUGACCCUGUGCGUGUAGUGCAUCUAUCAGACAUGAACCGAUUUUUGGCUUUCCCUAUGUUCCCACCCAAGGCUGCUGAGAAGCUCAACGUUGGAGCUCACGGUCAACUGGGUCCUAAUCUCAACGAUUAUCAUUCCCAGUUGCGCCAUUCUAUAAAGACUUUAUCAGACCUAGUGCACCUGGUCAAUUCUGCAGCUGAUGAUUUUGGUCUCGACCUUGAGCAGGGACCAACACAAGAAGACGAAGAAAAGUUUCACAAUGCGCCAUACGAAGCAAUUCCCUGCGUUCCCAUCUCAACACAUCCGACAAUGUCUAGAGGGAGUGGAGAAGAGACAUCAAGUAGUAGUUCUUACAGUGAGGAUCCUUGGGUGCAACAAACACCCAGACAUCGGACACUCCUUUCUGGUGCGCGUGAACAAUACCUCAAAAAACUGGAUUCAAUUGCUGGAAGUACGAGUCUUCAGUCUCGAGGCGAUGGAGAUUUUGAGUGUUUUUCCGAAAAUACACAUCGUAACUCCAUUGGGCCAUCGAGAAACUCUACGCAGCUGGAUGGCGAUUCUUUUAGUGCUGCUACCGAGGAGGUACCUAGAAUGAGCGAAGAGAUGAUGGGAGGAAGAACCGGUCGUCCAAUCAUGCGAACCUCUACCCCCUCAACAUCUUCCACUGCCAGCGAAUGUCUGCCGGGUUUCGAGGACACAUUACCCGGGGAGAUCUAG